GGGGUCCGAUGCGGGUGCUCUCAACCUCAACCUUCUUUGAGCAGAAGUGGCUGGUUACUCGAGUAGAUGCCACAGCUGUUUGUCCAACACCAGAGGCAGUGGCCUUUACUCCAGAAGUGAUCACCUGGUACAUGCCCAAGCACAUAGACCCACUUUUCUCCUCUGAUGCCUUCACCAUGUUGGAGGUGUACAUGGGAAUUGACGCUAAGAGGCUGGACACUGAGGAAAUGGCUGCCAGAAACUACUCUGUUUUAGUCACAGAGGCUCAUAUUAUUGUUGAAAUUCCGGUGGGGGCGGUUGGCGGCUAUUUCAAGAGCCAUAUUCAGGAUGACCAGUACUUUGUCACUUACACCAUUGAGCCCAUGCUUGAGUUGCUGUGGAUCGAGGAGGUCGCACACGAGGACACCAGCUAUAAAGUCCUCUUCCCUAUCACAACACCUCUGAUGGCCAGGCCUCCACAAGUUCGCAACUUGCCACCUUCAGUCACUGGCAACUGUGAUCAGGAGAACUUCCACAUCACUGUGGACUACAGGAACCAAGAGCCCUUUUUUGUGGUCUUGGUUGGCAAGCGGCUGCUUAACCAUGAGUUUGCUCAACAGUAUUUAACAGAGGGCGACACAGACUUCACCAUCACGUUGCCCUUCUCUUCGCCGGACGCAGUGUUUGAGUCAGUUCACUCGUCCUCUGUCAGGAGCAGACUGGAUGUGGCUCUGUUGAAUCCUUACAACAACAUGACCAUCAAAUACUUUUCCCUGGCUUGCAGCUUCCUCAAAACGCUGACUGAGUGUUUCUCUAACGGAACGAUGACUGCGCUGGCGGUGAAGGUGGAGUCUGCUCCCGGUCUGAACCCCGGUCAGCUGACCCUGAGCGACCCCGCCUGUGGUCCCACCUACAGUGACGAUCGCGUCGCCUACUUCCACUUCACUGUGAACUCCUGUGGCACCACCAGGAAGUUUAUCAACAAUGUCAUGCUGUAUGAGAACGAAAUCUCCUUGCCAGAUGAACUUGAGGUGAAGCGGAAUGCCACGACGUCUUCAGGGGAGGAAUAUCAGUUAAAGGUUUCCUGCUACUAUGUGGCCAACAUCACUCGCACAUUGGCCUUCCUGACCAGGCCGCGUGACAACGAGCCUUUUGCCGCGACUGGGACGGGUCGGCUAAUGGUCAGAAUGAGACUCGCUCAGGACGCCUCGUAUAACACGUUCCACCAGGAGGAGGACUAUCCAGUGGUGAGGUACCUGAGACAGCCUCUGCACUUUGAGGUGGCGCUGACCACGUCCUCUGAUCCCAAGGUAGCGCUGGUGCUUGACCACUGCUGGGCCACCCUCAACGAAGACCGCGACUCCCGACCCCGGUGGAAUCUCAUCAUUAAUGGCUGUGAGAACCCCGAGGAUCCAUACCGUGUUGUCUUCCACCCGGUGGUAGCUGACGCCAGGGUCCACUUCCCCCCUCACGUCAAACGCUUUGAGGCCUAUAUGUUUUCCUUCGCCGAGGAUGCGCUUGAGCCGAGUGGCCAGGUCUUUGUCCAUUGUGAUGUGGUCAUCUGUGAUGCCAGUAGUCCGUCUGGCGGCCCCUGUAGUGGACAAUGUGUGAAUCAGGACAACCCGAAAAGAGGUCAACGACAUGUCAAAGACCUCUUUGAGGAGCGUCAUUUAUAUGUUUCUUCUGGAUACAUUCUUUGGGUGUAAUGUCUUGUUCUAACAUGUCAAAUAAAGUGUUCUAUAUAAA